AUGCCCACGUCGGGAGUUACGAUUGAGAUGCAGCUGGAGACAAUGCGCAAGCAGUUCGAGUCGGAUCUUCUGCGGGUCCUCGAGCGCGUGCAGGCCUUGGAGGGACGGCUAGACAUGCAGCAUUCGUCUGUGGUGAUUGACCAGAAGAUGAGCAGCAACGAUGUCGAGCCGACGAAGGAGAACGUCCUCAAGGAGGAGCCGGUGAUGAACAAGAGAUCGUCAGUCACAGAGGCGUCAGUCGAAGGGGAGACGUCAACAGAGGUCUACUUCGAGGAAAGCGCUUGGAGUAUCCCAGUCUUGGCUGGCAUAAUUGAUGCCAACGUCGGCCUGUUCGAUCGAAUCUUCGCUGGGCUCUUGGUUCUGCUCAACUUCUUCAUGCAGGGUGCCUUUUCCUGGGUCCUCUUGACUGAUGCCUUCAUUGGUGAGGCGUUCGAAACCCGAGUCGAGAGUGCGAAGAUCUGGAGGACCAGCAUUGCCCACGAUUUCAAGUAUCUUGACCUGGCUGACACCAGUUUGGUGUCCCGAGUUUGUACAGGCGACGGUGCUUUGAUCUUGUCCACGACGCAGGCAACCUUGAUAGAACAGAUAAACAGCUUCCUCGGCCUCCAGAAAUCACAACUUGAUCACUCCAUGUUUCAGCCGGGCAUAAUGCUGGGCAUGAUAUGUAUUAUCUUGUGGACGCUCUGCGUCUACAAGGAGUUCCGACGGAUUUGGUUGCAGAUGGAGGCUGCUUGGACGAUUCCGAAGACGCGCAGAUCCGUUUUCCGAGACCAUGCCUUCGUCUACAUGUCUUGGGGACGAUUUUGCGCCCUGUUGGUUACGUAUCUCGCACGUGCGAUCAUUGCUUCUGUCCUCUUGGCAGCUGGAAUACUGUGGCUUGCUCGGACCACAUCGAUUGAAGAGCUGAUGUUGAACGCCGUGGCCCUGAAUGCCAUCCUCGAUGUAGAUGAGUUCUUGUUCGCAGGCAUGACACCUAUCAAGAUCCAACAUGCCAUACAGAGCUUGAAGCCCAUCAGGGUAAAGUACAGCCGUCAUCGCAGUCAGUUUGAAUCCAUGGUGCACUUCGUGACUUUGUCGAUUCUGGUGCUCACGUCUUACUAUCUCUUGUUGGGGCCUUUGGGCGACACCAUGCUCGCAGUCAAGAAUGAGCUUUGUGGAGGAAACCAGGCCUUCGUCGUUGCAUUUAAUUCCGAGACACAGCAAACCUUCGGGCUGAGAACGUCGGAGACACGUGACUAUGAGUCCCUUUCGGCGAGUGAGAUUGCAGUGCAGAGCCACAAGGCCACGUCGCCUGAGACCACACCCGGUUCAGGGCCGGCGUAUCUUACAUUUUCUGCGAAUAAAGACUUGUUUGAGGCGGACAGGACGAGGACAAUGGCUGCGGAGUCAGAACUCACACCCUUCUGCAUAGAGAUGCUCACGGAUCCAGCGAAUCCGCUUUUCACCGAUCCCUCCAUGCAGGCAAUGACUCAAGUGCGUAUCGAUAUUGCUGCCCUCAGUGCCGGACGGCCAGAUGCCAACGGCUGUGGGGAUCUCGGCGACCUGUGUGACACUUUUGAUGCCCGCUUGGUGAGAUUGACGUGCGGCACUACCUGCGGAUGUUUAAACCCGUACAGUUCCGCUUGGUUCAAGGUGGAAGCUCAAGGCUGCGCCACCGCCUGCCUCAAUGUUGCCGAGAUGAGGUUGCAAAACAGUACCUGCCAGGACCGGCCUCCAGAUGACAACUGGAGAAAGUUCUGGACACUUUACCCUUCAGUUCUUUCGUCGUUCUAUGGGCGUGACAUCACAGGAACUAGCUUCUACGCAGGCAUCACACAGACCGUUAAUGCGAUGAUUUCUGGUGGUUGCCCGGUUCUUGCUCAGUCGCCACUCGAGUUGAUGACACAAGCUUCUUGGUGCCAGGGCAUGCCAUCCUUGUUCCGUGGGCUCGCUACGGUGUGCCCGCAAACAUGUGGCUGCAAUCUUGCCGCCGGAGAGAUUCCCAGCUAUUGUCCAUCCAGCUGCGCAAGGGCUGGCAACAGCUCUUCGUGA